AUGGACGCCGGAACAACCCACGCCAUGAGCUGGACAGAGGUCACCAAAGGCCACGUCCCGCCCCCUCUUACUGGCCCAUCGGUCACCAUCUCCCCCCUCCCCCUCCCCCACCCCCCCACCAUAUACCUCUUUGGCGGCAAAUCCGUCCUCACCCGCCGGCUCACCGCCAACAUGUGGGCCAUGGACAUCUCCUCCCGCACCUGGACCCAGAUCGACCCCGGACCUGGGCCCUCCCCCCGGUACUUUCACUCCAUGGACGUCUACCAAGACAAGCUCGUCUGCUUUGGCGGCAUGUCGGACGCCGAGCCGAAUAUGGCGGUGCACAAUGAUGUCUGGGUAUUCGACUGCUUGGCGAGACGGUGGUUACCACAGCCUUCGCCCAGUGGUGGUAUCGGCCUGGGGAUCGAAAUGGCAGCGCAAGAUCCAGGACUGGUGCCAUCGCCGAGGUAUGCCCAUUUGAGCGCUAUCUCGAGGGGCCAGCUGGUCGUUUCUGGCGGGCAGCAUAGCGACAAUUCAUGGAUCUACGAGAUCAACGUGUACGACUUGCAAAGCAGAGUAUGGGUGUCCAAGACUGAGCAGCCUCAGGCGGGAGGGAUGUUCUCGAAGGGAGCGUAUAGGAGUGUAGCGGCGAGCUCGUCCAAGCGCGUCAUCUCCCCUGCGCCAGAGUCCAAGCCUGGCUCCCAAUCAUACUCUGUCGAUGAAGCAGGCGAGGGUGGUGACGUGUGGUGCUACUCAAACUAUGACUUUGCCAAGGUCAGACGCGAACUCGACAUCAUCUCGCCCUCUUCCUCCUCCCAGCCCACGGCGAAACACAGCCCCCCGCCAAACUAUGAAAUCCUCGACAAAUCCGCCCUCAUGCGCGGGUCUUCACAACCUCCCGGGUUGCGCUUCCCCACCGGCGGUAUCGUAGGCAACCACUUUAUCCUCUGCGGUCUCUACCUCGCUUCGGUGUCUGGUAAAUUCUCUAUUUGGGCGCUCAACAUGGAUACGAUGACCUGGCGGCAUAUCGAGCCUGCUGCUCUUGCUGGCGGGAGCUGGAAUAGGGCUGUCGUUUGGGCCGAGAGGGGCAAGGUGCUGGUCUUUGGCAACUCCCAGCUCGACCUCGCGCAAGAUUACAGCCGACGCGCGGUCAACCUCGACCACAUGGCAGUCAUCUCCCUCGAAGCGUUCGGCAUCUACCAACCCCCGUCCCUCGUCGUGCCCCCCAAAGUACAGCAGACAGGUCUGUCGAUGAUGGAUGAAAAGCUCGCUUCGGACUUUGAAGUCAUUUGCGACGACGGCCGUCGGGUCAAGUGUUCGCGCAAGGUGUUGAGUGAGAGAUGGCCUUGGUUCAAUGAACAAGAAAAGACGCUGGGCAGGGAGACGCAGAACGUCCUCACCGAAGCCCCUGCGGUCGACAUCAACGACACCCUCCUCGGCUCAUUCACCCCCGCCCGUCUCUCCCCCUCCACCCUCACCUUGUCCGAACCAUUCCCCGUCUGCGUCGCCCUCGUCCAAUACUUUUACACCCUCUCUCUCUCUACGCCACUCCAGAAUCGGGCCCCGAUCCUGUCGGCGCUGCUGUUUAUGGGCAAGCAGUAUGGCUUGGAGAGGUUGGUGAGGCUGGUGGUGCAUGCUUUGCAUGGGAGAUUGGAAGGGGGAGGUGGGACGGCCGUCGGGAUUUAUGAGAUUGCGACGUUGGCUGGGGAGAGGGAUUUGCAGGUGCGCGCGUUGAAUAUCGUUCAUGGCGGUUCGUCAAGCUCUUCGAGGGGACAUCGAUCACAGCCGGAUGCCUCUACGGGUGUGGAGAAUGGCACCUCACCCUCGAACGAGUUCAGACCUCAGGGAGGUGCUGCUGGUAAUGGUGCGCCCGCGGGUAACACUCAAUCUGGCUCUUUCGCCCCCGGUGAAGCUCCCAUCCGCCGUGCCCGUGCCGACUCUGAUACCAUCCCUUUCGACACCACCCCUCUCGCCGAAUCCGACGUACCAGAGGAAGACCACAGGCAAGUCACUGCCCUCCUCUCUUCUCUGCGCGUCAAGUCGAACGGCCCCGCGUCGAGUUUGAGGCCGAGUAUCGCGAUGAGGCGACAGUCGGAACGGUCCUUGGCGUCUGCUGCCUCUGCUCAGAGUCCGUUGGAUUCGCCAGUGCUUCCACCGCUUCUGCCUCCCCGCAGUGCUAUGCGCGUCCCCCCACCCCCCAUCGCCCCUCCUCCCGCUGGCCGUCUCCCACCCGUCCCCAACGUGCCCAACCUCCCCAAAACACCCGACCUCGCCAACAGCUCCUGCGACCACCGUCAUUCCGGCGGCAUCUUCCGCCCAUCAUCCCCCACUAAUUCAGACGCUACCAACUUGCCAGCGACGCCCUCUGAGAGUCUGAGGGAGAGCUGGAUCUUGCCGCAGCAUAGGGAUUGGUCUAUCUCGACGGGAUCUGGAGGAGGGGGCAUGAUGGAUAGUAGGAGUUCGUCCGGGUCGGGGUUGACGGGGUUGUUGCCGGUCUUGCCGGAGGAUGAUCCCAUGCCGACUCAUGGGAAUGGGCGAUUCGACCUCUUCCCGUGGAAGAAGCAGGCGAUGACGGAACACAGCUUGCUGCCUCCUGCGAGCUUGCACCACUCCCAAAGCCAGGGACAAGGGCAGACGCAGAGGAGUCAAUCACCGAACGUCUCCCCCAUCUCGCACAACCUGUUUUCGUUUGAAUCUUCUCCCUUACCCACGCGUGCUCAGAGUGUGCAACAGUCAAUGCACAACUCGCCCAUCCCACCCACAGCGUCGAGGGUAGCAUCAUACUCGUCCUCGACCUUUUCUCCGACGUACCAACAGAUACUCCAAAACAACCGUCAUCUCUCGAUCGCUACCCAGUCGUCCGGCACGUCGGGCUUGUCCAAUAUGUCGGGCAUGUCGAACCCUCUGUCGCCUACGGGUACGGACUGGAGCGAGGAAAGUAUUGGGGGUUUGAUCAGGAGUUAUACGGGGAAGGGGAAGAGCGGGAUGGGGAGGGAGUUUGAUAGUAGCUCGAUUUCGUCUGGGUCGACGGGGACUAGUAGUAAGAAGGCCGCGAAGGAAGAGGCCAAACUUAUUAGGGAAGCCGAAAAGCGACAGAAAAAGGCCGAAGCCCAAGCACAUUUCGAGCAACUCCGCGCCGAGCAAGCCCGCAAGAUGGCACUCUCCAAAGCCGAAGCCCAGCGUCGGGACGACAUUGCGGCAGCCAACUCGAAAGCCCAGUUGGACAAGAAGGUGAUGGAGAAGGCUGCCAUGGAGCGGGAGAGGGAGCAGGAGAAGGCGGAUGCCAAGAGCCUGAAGGGCGCGGGGGGGAGUGGAAAGAAGAGCAAGUGGGGAAAACUUGCGAAUGGGUUCAAGGAUGCGGUCUUGUUCCCUGAAGGAGGGUCGCAGAGCACAAUGUUCUAA